GGCGUUGUUGAUGCACAUCCCGAUGCGCGCACGAUCACAAAGAAGACAUAUGAAGCGUAUAUCAGGCGGUUCGGCAGCCGCAAAGAAACUCUACAUGGACUGUUUGACAGCACGGCGAAGAAGUAUCUGAAGAUUGAAGAUGGUAGCAGCAGUGGCGGCAACUCGAAUAAGCCGAUGAGUCGGUUUGCGGCAUUCCGCCAGCGUCCACCGCUGCACAAUCGCCUGGCUCCUCAACGGCCAAACGGACAUGCAGUUAGCAAUGAAGGGCUGGCAGAGAACGCAAUGGGCAACAGCACAGGUGCACGGCCCCCUGCUGCGCAUCAGCGGCUGCGGCCGGUCCGUCCUGUUGCGCGCCAUGGCUCAGCAACGAUGUACAGACCGACCCCACCAAUGGCACUGAGCGGAUCGGCCACGGGGUCGCUAGUGAAGCCUGGCUCAGCAUCGGCGCCGUGCAGCAUCGAGCCACUGCAUGUAUCAUCAGGUAAUACGAAUGUUGCUGCAGCGGGCAAGCCCUGCAGCGAGGGCAACUCACCUACCGCGACUGUAUUUGAGAGUAUUGAGGUUGCAACAGCGGUUGAGCCCAAGAGCGACUCAUCGGCACCUAUCACCUCGCAGCAUGCCAGUCGCAAGAACUCGCCUACGCUUCUCACCGAUCAGCCGAUCGAGACAGGUUGCCGUCGAGGAUAUCGUGGCCUCAGCCACUGGUGCUGAAGCGCCUGUCGUGCCAGAAGAAAGCCAGCAGUACCAAUCUGUCAGCAUCUGGACAAACCACCCCGGCUGAUCGGAGCGACGACUCGGUCAGCAAAUC